CCGGUUUUUUGCAUUGUUAUGCAUGUGUGGUUACAAAGCAGUAAACAAAUGAAUGCAAUAAGUCAAAUUGAUAAACAAAAUUACAUUAAUUAAAGAGACACAACCAUCAUGACUUUGACAGCUGUGUAUAAUUACAUGAAAAUGCAAAAUAGACCUUACAGCGUGAAUGAUGUAGUCAUGAAUUUAUUUAAUGAACACAGUAAAACUGCAGUUCAAAAAGCUAUGGAUGAAUUGGUGAAGAAAGGAAAAUUGUUCGAAAAAGUUUAUGGCAAACAGAAAAUCUAUUGUGUUGUGCAAGAUUCGCAGUAUAACACUGAUGAGUUAAUGAGGAUUGACAAGGAACUACAAAGUCAUGCUAAUGAAAUCGAAACUAAAUAUCAGGAAGUCAUGAAAGAAGUGAAAGAACAAGAGACACUUUUAGCUUCUCUAAAGUCAAGUUUAACACUGGAAGAUGUUCAAAAAGAAAAAAUUGUUUUACAGGAAAAUGUACAGCAGUUAACACAUAAAUUGGAUAAAUUGAUGGAAAAAAGUGGUUCUGAAGAUUUGCAAGAGUCUAAACGAAAAGCACAAGAGAAUCUAGAUGAGUACUCACGUGAAUAUUUAAAAAGAAAAAAGAUAUGCGUUGAAAUACUGGAUUGCAUUUUGGAAAGUUAUCCUGGUAACAAAGAUGAGCUUUAUGAAGAAAUAGGCAUUGAUUCAACGACUGUAUAA